AACAAAACAACAACGAGACACGUAAAACGUGAGUGAUCAGAGUGGUGUCAAGAGGGAGACCAGAUCAAGUCGAUCGAUCAAAAAUGGAGGUGAUUGGUUUUUCGGAGACGGAGAUGGAAGCAGCGGAGCAGCUAGUGCAAUUGAGCGAGGACGAUACGUUGAGCUGUAGCAGCGGUACAGGCUUGAGCGUCAGCGGUUGUGAAGGCGGAGGAGGCAAUACGAAGAGACACGACGAUGUUGUUAGUGAUGAGGUGCAAAACGACGGCGUUGUAUGUAUGAUGAAUAAUAAUGCUACGGACGCUCAACGUUUUGUGAAGGCCAUCACGGAGACGAACAUAAUAAGGAGGAGGUACAAGAAGAAAAAGUUUCGGUCUCUUGCGAGUCUUUACAGGGCAACGAAGGAGAUGACGACGGACGAGUUGAUCUAGUCGCAGGUGAUGAUGGCUAAUUACGUUGUAAUGACUUUUGUUUAAAAGCGUGUGUCGUCGGUUUGAAUACCUUUUUUCCAUGUUUAUAAUCCAUCAGCGCUGAAACUGUCUGUAUAGAAAGUUCUGGA